AUGAACAGGCAUCACGCCUUCACCAACGGCUAUGCCGUCAACAAGAAACGCGACGAUGAUGUCCAUCACCCCUAUUCCGACAGGUCCGACCUGGAGAGUAAAUACAUCUGGGGCAUGCAUGAUCUAGUCGAGGAUGAAAAAUCAGAUCCCCCCUUCAGCCGCAAAUUCGAACCUCGACGAAGAGCCCUUCACAGCCGUUCUCGUCUCAUCCGUCUUGGUCUGAUCGCCAUCGGGGCGCUGGCCCUCACUGUCUGGUUAUUUUUCCCCUCCGCCACCAAUCUUUCGCUUCUGUCGAGUAGUAGCUCACCUUCGGAAGAAUAUUUCGACAUUGAGACACUACGGUACUAUGACCUUGAAGAUGUGCAAGGGACUUCGGUGGGAUGGGAGAGAGAGGAACGAGUCUUGCUAUGCACUCCUUUACGAGACGCCGCACCUCAUCUGCCAAUGUUCUUUGCGCACCUGCGAAACUUUACCUACCCGCAUCAUCUUAUUGAUUUGGCCUUCCUGGUUUCGGAUUCGAAAGACAACACCGAAGAAUUGCUUUCGCAAAUGCUCGAAGCACAACAAGCCGAUCCAGACCCUUCGCAACCAUACGGAGAAAUUUCCGUCAUUCAUAAAGAUUUUGGACAAGCGGUUGGUCAAGACGUGGAAAGCAGACAUGGUUUUGCUGCGCAGGCCGGCCGAAGAAAACUCAUGGCGCAGGCAAGAAAUUGGUUACUCAGCGCCGCUUUGAGACCUUAUCAUAGUUGGGUAUAUUGGCGUGACGCUGAUGUUGAAACAUGUCCUUUCACCAUCAUUGAGGAUUUGAUGAGGCAUGACCGAGACAUAAUCGUCCCAAAUAUCUGGCGCCCGCUUCCUGACUGGCUCGGCGGUGAACAACCAUACGACCUAAAUUCAUGGCAGGAAUCCGAAACGGCAAUUGCCCUUGCCGAGACCUUGGAUGAAGACGCCGUCAUUGUAGAAGGUUACGCCGAAUAUGCCACCUGGCGUCCUCAUCUUGCCUACCUUCGUGAUCCUUACGGCAAUCCGGAUGUUGAGAUGGAGCUCGAUGGUGUCGGUGGUGUGUCUAUCCUUGCUAAAGCUCGAGUGUUCCGCGCUGGAGUACAUUUCCCUGCAUUCUCUUUCGAAAGACAUGCCGAGACGGAAGGGUUUGGCAAAAUGGCCAAACGCAUGCAAUUUUCAGUGGUCGGUCUGCCACAUUAUACAGUCUGGCAUCUUUACGAACCAUCCGUGGACGACAUCAGACAUAUGGAAGAAAUGGAAGCAGAGAAACGCGAAAGAGAAAGGCGGGAGAAAGAAAACGCAGAGGUGGCGAAGAAGAUCCAAGAGGAAUUCCGACAAGUGGAUUCUCAAUGGGAAAGUGACAAACAAGCCCUUGCAGAUGGUACUUCCAAGCCCAACCCGAAGGAUCAACCCCAAAAAGACAACCGAAAGAAAGAGACUGUGAAGAAAAUUAACACUCACCAAGACGAAUCCGAGAAGAAGUCCCAGGGUAAGGAAGAUGUCAAGAAUGAGAAGAUUGUGGCGGCACCUAAAAUGGAAGACGAAACCAAGCGAGCUGCACGGAGCUACGGCAACAAGAAGACUAAAAAAGGACGACGAUGA